AUGAACGACGGCAAAGAAACAGAUGAAAAGAAAAGAAUAAUGAAAAGAAAUUUCUUUAUAGUGGCAAUUUCUGUUCUAGCAGUUCUAAUUAUUGCAACCAUUGCGUACUACACUGGCUUUUUAACUAAGCUAUUUGGAGAAGAUAAAGUUGAAGAAAAAGCUCCCGAGGUAAAAGUUGAGGAAGCAGGCAGCGAUCCAAGAAGGCUUUUAGAGUCCAUUGAUAUAAACUCUCUUAUUAUGUGGAACUACAAGAAACUCGGAGAGAAGGCGCUAUUUGAAAAAACUUACGCUAAGAGAGAAGAUGAAGCUGAAGAAGUAGAAGUAUCCGAUGCAAAGAAAAAGGUAGAAAACAUGGAAAAAGUUCUCAAGAAUCUGCAGCUCCAGUACAAAGAGCACAUUGAAAAGGCAAAGAAUAAACAGCUGGCAAGUGCAGUUAGCAAUGUCUUGCAGAAAAGUGACAAUCUAAGAUACAUCUUGCUCAUGACAGAUGAUCCGCAGGAGUUUUUAGAAGCUCAGAAAAUACUGGCUGACAGCAAGUGUACAGACGAAACACUGUUAGCCACAUUCAAUUGGUUGCUCACUGGACAGACUCAGAGGAACAUUGAUCUCAUUCUGAAAAUAAUGAACAAGCCCAUUCAAGAAACAGGAAUUGAAGAGGAAAUGCGAAAUGUUCUGGAUCUUAUGCUGCGAAUAAUCGUUACAAACCCGUACAAGGCAACGUACAGGAGAAUAGUGGGAGCUGUGGAUCCGCUGGAGACAGUGCUCGCCAACAUCUACAGAGCAGUGGACAACUUGGUCUCCUACAAUGCUCUGAAAAAAAGUGCUAAGAGCAACGGAAAAGACAAAGAAGCUCUGGACAUAAUAGAGAAGCACAGAGAAAGACUGAGAAAGAAUAAAAUAAGAGAAGAAGAGGUGACAGUGGGGUAUAUUCUGGAAUUCUUGGCAAACAUACAGCACUCAGCCAACAUAGACAACGAGCUGUACAUCAACACGAUGGCUAAGAUGGUCAGAAAAGUGAAGAACUCAAAGAUCUUCUACACAAACAAAGAAGAAAGAUCUCUGGACUUCUUCCUGACGAACAUAAUAAAUUAUAUAGCAAUGGGAGGCUCUGCCAGAAGAAAGGGCGCACUAAACACACACCUGGAGAACCAGCUAAACGAUGUGCACAACAUUACACUGCUAAGUAUCGACGGAGUGAAGAACCCAAAUAUUAAAAAUCUUGGCGACGUAACAAAAACAAUCAGAAUCUACACCAAAUAUAUGGAUGAAACCUGUACUUUUAUCGAUAGAUUUAUUACUUUGAUUUCGUUUGAAAUGCAGUAUUUCCUGGGGAAGUACCCAUUCAGGUGCUUUUUGACUGAGAUAGCCAGAAGCUAUAUAGCUCUUCUAGAGAGUAAAAUGACGGCUCCUACGGUUGGAACCACUUUUAUGAAGCACACUAUGGACAGCCAAGCCAUUGCAUCUUUCCUGGAGAUGGAAAACAAAUCAAAACUGCCAGGGAAGUAUGCGUACGUUACUCCAACUGCAACCAGUUUAUUCUCUCCCAACGAGAAAAUUGGCAAUGAGCCCAUCAAUGUUAUCAAAAGAGCAAUGGAAGACUGCUCGAUUUCUCUAGCACAGAAAAUAGAUAUACUGAAUGGAGAGAAGAAGACGAAGUAA